ACUCUUCUCACCAUCCCCUACGAGAUUCGCCAUAUGAUCUACCUAGAGAUCCCGUACCUCAAAAUGGACCAACCACUCGUUUACUGUACGUCUGUUUUCAAUGGGCGCAAACACCAUCCUCUGUCCGGCAUCUGUCGCCAGAUCCGUGCCGAGGCCUCGGAAAUCUAUUACAGCUCCAACACAUGGUUAAUCAAAACGGAGUACAAGAUGUUCUAUGACGGCUUUGUCAAAUGGAUUAAAUCACUGGACCGCUACAGCGUACAGGCCCUCCGUUUUCUGCAUCUCAGCCUCCGUGGUCCCCUAUUUUAUAAAUCAAGGGCUCGUCCGCAUAUCCAUGAUCUAGAGCUCGAGCGCAAGUUCUCUCGGGCAAAAUACAGCUACACCACGUACAGUAUUGAUCUCAGUGAGAAAUAUGAGAAUGGGAAAGUCGAGAUAGUGAGCUGCCUUGGCGGGAGGGAGGUCGCUGUCACGCUGAAGAAAAUUCUGGAGGUUCACGUCAAAGGUCUUUGGGAGAAGAAGGCUAAAGGCGAGAUGCGGGCUAAAGACGUGAAGAGAGUUGUGGACGAGAUGCUCGAAAUUUGCGGCUGGUGGUAA